GCGUUGUGCCUGCGAAGGACUUCCUUGAAUUCAUUUCACGAAAUCAUUUCGAAGCUUCAAUAGUUUUGCUAGUAUUAAUGUUAAAUUACUUUUAUAUUCUAAGUGGUGUUUAAUAGCAAUUAUUGUUUUUUUUUGUGGAAUCGUGUUGAUAGUUUUUUUUUUUAUAAAAAUAACCUUACAUUGGAAAAACAUACAAUUAUUAUUACAAACGAGAAAAUCAUUGACUACGCAUGACAAAACAUGGAGAGUGCAGGCAACAAUACCAUAUUAUAUGACGACGACAUUCUUUACACGAGUGAGUUUUUACUUCAAAGGGAGUUCAGCGAUAUAUUAGCGGAUGUGAAAAGAUGGCCGAUUGACAAAUGCCUGGAAGCACAUCUAAUAAACGACACUUUAGGAAAUGAUUUGACAAACAGCGUCUACGUUUAUAACGGUACUCGGGUCACGUGCUUGGAGCAUGCGCCUGUUUUAACCAGAAGCACUAUAAUCAGAGCGAGCGUUCUUUCAGUAAUGGCCAUUUUAUCAUUCUUAGGAAACUUUGCAACUAUGAUUAGCGUUCAGAGAGGCAAAAGAGGUCGCAGGAGAGCAAGGCCAUCGUGGACAGCAAUUUAUAGUCUGAUAUUCCAGCUAAGUAUAGCAGAUUUACUGGUGACAGUGUUUUGUAUAGCGGGAGAAGCGGCUUGGUCUUUCACUGUGCAGUGGUACGCGGGAAACAUAGCGUGCAAGCUAUUCAAAUUUCUGCAAAUGUUUGCUUUGUACUUGAGUACAUUUAUACUGGUGCUGAUUGGUGUAGACCGAUGGCUGGCCGUUAAGUAUCCUAUGAAGAGUAUGGCCACUGCUUCAAGGAGUGUAAGACUGGUGAUCAUUGCUUGGAUUCUAAGCUGCGUUCUUAGCAUACCUCAGACCAUCGUUUUUCGAGUAGCGAAAGGGCCAUUUAUCGAAGAUUUUUACCAGUGUGUAACUCACGGUUUUUAUACAGAAAGAUGGCAAGAGCAAGCGUACACGACGCUCUCACUUGUAUUUAUGUUCAUCCUACCUCUCAUCAUUCUAGUGUCUACUUAUGUAUCAACAGUGAGAACUAUCGCAAAAAGCGAAAAGGUAUUCCAGCCGGAAGUGACGCGGCAAGAAAAAUAUUUGACACCCGACGUUAAUAGGAGGAGACUAAUAGAUAGGGCGAAAAUGAAAUCUUUAAGGAUGUCGGUGGUGAUUGUUGCGGCUUUCAUGAUCUGGUGGACUCCGUACUAUGUCAUGAUGAUAAUGUUCACGUUUCUGAAUCCAGACAAAGAUCAAAGCGAAGAUCUACUGUCGGGGAUAUUUUUCUUCGGCAUGUCAAACAGUCUCGUCAACCCCGUGAUAUACGGCGCCUUCCAUUUGUGGCCAAAGAAGAAAAGAUCUCGGCAUAGCGACAGGGAAUCUGGUGGUCAACAUGCAUCGUUACUGCGACGUGGCGACCACACUUCGUCAGUGAGACUAACAACUAUCAGGUCGCUCAGGUCAUCAGCAAAGUAUUCCAACGGACAGAAUAUCAGUUUAUUAUAACCCAUUAGUAAUAUCGGGGCCAUACCUCGCACAAUUAUUGCCGAAGAAUCUUGUUAGUGUGAUAUAAACCUAGUCAUUUUUAAAACAUGUGAUUAGAAAUAAGCAUUAGAAUAGAUAAGGACUAUAAAUGUUUAAGAUUUAUACAAUACUUCGUAAGUGAGUAUAGUUUCAUUGGUGUAUAUAUAAUACUUAACUAAAGAUAUAUAAAAGUAAAGUAUUUAUUUUGCACUAUGUUAAAGCAGUCAUUGGUACUAUUUAGAUUUUACAUAAAUCUCUAAACAAAAUUAGCAAUUUCAAAAGAAGUGUUAUCUUUUUUACUAUAUCUUUUGUGGAAAAAAAUAACAAUAUUUCCAGAUCAGUCGAUGAGUUAAUUAAGAUUACAGAUGUGAUACCUACAACAGAAUUGUAACCAAUUUAUAUUUCUUAAAUAAAACGGGUACAUAUCACGAUAAUAUUUUGGGAUUUGCCGAUUCGACCCAGUUGCAUGGGCACCGUGGGCACGA